UGUUUACAAACCGAGGAAGACAGGGCAACAUUAGCCUGGAACAACCAACACGUUAUUUACGACAUUAAUCGGAUUUCUCUCAGUUUUUAAUCUUUAUCAGGAUCCUCGUCUGAAGCGUCUUUGGUGAUGAUGACGAACUGAAACAUUUAGUUCAACUCAAACGAGCUAUUGUGCCUGAAUGUAUACGAAGCUAACGCUAAAGCUAACCGAGGCUAGCUGAAUGCUAAGUGUUAGCUAAACAGUAUGUGGGUUAAAUGGUGUUUAAAUAUAUAAUACAUAGGGAAAUUAUAUCAGGAUUCAUAUAUUAACCCGCUAGCUACCUGGCUAAGUAGAUAAGUAUUUGCUAAACCUGAUACUUGUGGCUUCUGACAUGUUGGACGUCACUGGACGUUUCACCAGCCUUCUCAAAUCUGACAUUUCACAUUGUUUGCUGCCUUAGCAAGAGCAGAGUCCUCAUCUGAAAAGGGACGUGGUCACUGGGACUGAAUUUCAUCGAAACAUCGGUGAAACUACGACCUCUCCUCAUGGCUGCUUUCGGCUUUACUCCUGCCAGUGAGCAGGAUUUCUUCUGCGCUGAGACGAUGGGUCAGUCCAGCUCUAAACCGAUCAGUGCCAUCAGCGGGCAAGAGGCCAGGCAGUUCUACGAGAACCUAACGAAAGAUGGUGCGAGUGUCAGCAGGAAAACCAGAGAGUCCAACAGAAGAGCCGUGAGGAGAGUCCGGGCUGCGGAGACGCUUCAGGACCAAACCAGUUCAAGAGUGGGAAGAGGGACUGGGAGAGGAAGUGGAGACCCCCAGAGGAGAGAGACGCCAUCGGGCAGCAGCAGCUCGGGGGGAUCCACGGAGCUGCUGGGCCUCCGGUUCCUGCGCUGUGCCAACGAGGGGGACGUCCCCGCCCUCAGAGACCUGCUGGCCCGGGGGGUGGACAUCAACUUCCAGGACUCGUACUACUGGACGGCGAUGAUGUGUGCGAGCUGGUCUGGACAGAGAGCCGCGGUGAAGCUGCUGCUGACACAGGGGGCCGCCUGGGUGGGAGUGGUCGACACCGAGGGAAGGGAUGCCAAAGACCUGGCGCUGGAAGCGGGCCACCGUGGCGUGUGGGAGGAGCUGGAGAGCUACGGGAGAAGUGCUCAGGAAGACACAGGAGUGGAUGGCAGUUCCUUUCAGGCUCAGUGGUGUGACGUGUGUGGUAACCAGUACACCAGCAGCCUGUCGUCCCAUCUCUCCUCCACUCUGCACCAGUUCAGUGUGCGGCAUCCCCCCCCCACCCCACUCUACUGUCUCCCCGCCUCCAGCAACAGCUACAAGAUGAUGCUCCGCAGUGGCUGGAAACCAGGGUCCGGACUGGGCCCAGAGGGGGAGGGGCCGCAGCAGCCAGUGCCCACGGUGCUGAAGAGGGACCAUGAAGGUCUGGGCUACGGACACAUGAGAAGAGCUAAAGUGACACACUUCAGAGCCAGGGACCGGGACGCCAUCAAACCACCGCUCAAGCAUCUACGGGAGAGGGAAGGAAAAGGGAAGAGGAAGGAAGAUAGUAGGAGGAAAGAGCAAAGGGAGAAGGACUGGGAGAAAGAUUUCCGUGCCGCUUUUCAUCAUUUUUGACAUCUGCUCACCGGGACUUUCCCUCUCCCACCUAUUUAUCUGUAAUUCAAAAACAUGAGACACAUCUUCACCAAGCAGACGGGACGAUUCAAUACACCGGAGUUAUUUAAUCCUGGAGAUCAUUAUCAGAGUGAGGAGUGCUCACGCUGCAUCUACACUAUCUCUGACUUCUUCAUCUUUGACCUGAGAUUCAUCUUUUUAAGACAAGAUGUUUGUGUUUUUUUACUGUGACAAUGUUUGUAAAUCUACCGGAAGUUAGAUCGGUUGGUUUACAUGGAGCAUAAUACAAACACCUUGACUCUACCUCUAAGCUGAUCCUCGGCCAAUCAGGUGUGGUUAUGCCUGCAGGUUAUACAUUCACCAAAUGUUUAAUUGUGUUUAUAUUAAUAAGUAUGGACGGUUAGGUUACCAUUUACCCACAAAGACAAACAAACAUGACAGAGAACAAUGAAAUGUUGAUGAUGUGGGAAAUGAACGUUUAUUUGGUGUCAGAAGAUUUUUGUUAUUAUAUUUACACUCUUUCUCUACAAGUCGGCAUCAGUCGAUCACCAGUUCUACUCUGACUUUACGUUUUACCUACAGAUUUGUAUCAUUACAAAUAUGUCAAAUUAUUUUAUGUAUUCUGUAUUUCGCAUAAAAUGACAUGAUACAAAAAUCAA